AUGUCCUUGCUUUACUGCAACAUCAGGCAUAGACAACGCUGGGGAUUUGUGAUUUAUCGCACAGAUUACUCCACUGAGGAAGACUGGACUAAACUCAAAGUUAUGAUCAAUACAUGGAACCGGGGUGAAGACAAGGCCUCUGAAGAAGAGAUCCAGAUCCAGUCCUGGCAGGACCAUUGGUGGUUUGAUGAUCAAAGCCAGUUUGCCAAUGCUUCUGUUGCGCAAAUCCGUCAACAUUUCAAGGGAACAUGGCUCCCCAGCCUUUCGGAGAGAGAAAGAAGUCAUUGCUGGCCUGAACACCUCAUGUUCUUUGUCGUUGACAAGGAGGUGCUGAACAGCGUACACCCGCAUAGUACCAACCAAUCUGACCAUACUGGCGAGUACCCAUACGUCAAAGCCUGGGACUCAAGCCCAUCCAUUGUAGAUGAAAGCGGCUACCCCGGCUGGAUGAAUGUCAGAGUACCUACCCUUCUAGAUCUUUACCGAACAGCUAUUUUUGUCGAUGCUCAAGACAUGAGAGCGCUUCGCUCCAAAUCUACGGACUACUUUGGCAGUCAACGUGUUUGGUUGGAGGAUGACCAUUACGGAGACCAAGAAGAAGAAACAGACGCAUUAAGUGAUGCUGAAGCAAGCUCUGCUCUUGGCAACUAA